GCAUGUCCUGUUUUUUUAAUUUAUUUUUAUUUAAGGUUAUUGAAUCAUUCUAUGUUUAAUGUCAUUAAUCCGGCAGAUGCAUUGUCAGAAUUCCAAAUGUGAUAUGAUAUCCCUUUUAUGAUAUUGUCACCAUUCCUAACAUUGUCUUAUUCAUGCUGAGAAGACUUGCUGAGGAUGAGUAUUGGGCUUUUAAACUGAGGGAUAAAUAUAGAAGCAACAAAAUUAGCUGGAGGAAACAUUUAAGAUAAUUGAAAAUGCUAGAUGAGAAAUAAGACUUUUUUUUUUUACCCAACCAGUUGUUGUUAUUCAAAAUGCACUGCAUAAAGUGGUGGUGUUUAAUUGGAUCUAACAAUGCCUACGUUGAGCUAUACUAAGAAACCCUCUUGCCAGAAAUUAGAUUGCUGAGUCCUGUUUUUUCAGUGGUCUGUGAUUGAAAAUUGUGCACAAAUUAUGUUUGUGACAAUUUCUGGUCAAUCACUAUUGUAGAUUAUAACUUCAACACAAUAUUCACUUCAGGAACAUAUGUGAUGGCAUCAUCCUUCUUGAAACACUCCUUUUGGAGCCUUGCAGGGCAUCUUGGACCACAUCAUCCUGGGGGCAUUUAUUAAAAGGGAACUCCUGAGACAGUAUGGUCUUAAAAUCAUAGCAUCACGUUGGAUGGGCAGCAAGGAGAUCGCAUCCUGAACCUGUCUCUGGAUAAACUACCUGAAUCCAUCACUGGAUAAUCUUCCUGAAUAUCACCUAAACCUUUGGGAUAUGCAAGCUGUUGCCUGCAGCUUCUUUGCCCCUGGAGCUUGGACAGAAUCUAAGGAUCUCAUAAAGGAGGGGAAUGAAAGCAACUUCGAAGUUGAUGACUGAUGAUCAGAGAUGUCAGAGUGAUGCAGCACAGAACAAAGCUGUCCUACCUAUGCCACCCCUUGGGAAAACUGCCCAAUUAGUUCCAGUAGGUUGCUUUCCCAUCACCCAGAAAUCUGGUCUUCCUGUGUCCGCCUACUUCCCUUUUGAAUCUGAUCCCACCAAUCUUAUGUUGGACAUUCUAACAACUCCAGAUUGUUCACAGCUUGAAACAUCCACCAUGAUAAUCAAGACAACUGUUAUGAUUUCGAUCAUCCUCACAGUCUCAGGCUUAUGGGCCGAUGACAGAGAUCAGUUUCGAAAUGCCUUGAGGGACUGCAUCAGCCAAUUGAACAACGAUGCCAAAGGCAGUGCAGACCUGCGCCAGGGCUUGAAUAUUAACCAACGACACAUCAUCACAAAGGCUAACCCUGGCCGGACUCCCCUUGCAGACGGCUUUGAAACAAGAAUGUCAGAGAGAGCAGAGGCCAUUCAACUGCAGGUCGUACAGCAGCUGGGUGACCUGAGUGAGAAGCUCUCAGGUGCCAUUGAUAGCAUGCAUAAGAAGAUCAGCGAGGACGUUGAAGAACUUACUCAAAAGCUGACACCCAAUGCUGAAGCACUCAGCCGACAACAGGACAACAACACUGACCAACUGCGGCAGACAUUGAGUCCCUACAACAAGGUUCUUAAGGCCAAGCAGGAGAGCACAGAGGAUGUGAGGGAUGUGCUGAGUCUGUUCACUGAGCAAAUGCAACAGAAAAACAUUGGAAAUGCAAAAAACCGGAGCAUGACUGGCAAUGAUGAGGAGAUCCGGAACAAGUUUGACCAGGCCUUCCAGGAGCUGCUCAAUAAGAUGAUUCCCCUUAUCAAAGAUAGCAUGAGCAAGGUGAGCCAACUGGCUAGUGAAAUGGCCCAGAAAGGUUGUUCCAAGUAUUGAGAAUACAAAGGUAAGAAUGAGAGAGACUCAUAGUACAAAAAGUGGUUCCAUAACUUCAGUGAACUAACUGAAAGCAAACCUCACAAGUGUUGAAAGCAUGAAACAAAAUCUGCAAUCGUACAUCAUACAAAGAUCUCAGCAACAACAUCAACCAAUAGAUCAGACCAGCAGUCCCUAUAAAGAAGGCAACAAGAAUGUGGAGCAGACGCAAAAGAGAGUUGUCCCCAAGUGCAAACAUCAAUCAGCAGAACCUUCAGUGUCAGCCCUCAGCUUUGCCGAACUUCCACCAGCAGCAGUUAGAGACUAAAAGAAAUAGAAAAAUACUUAGCUGAACUGUGUCCUAGAAAUGUGGAGUUGCUUUGGAAUACAAAAUACCAUGUCUCUGUUUAUAGUUAUUGAUAACUGUUAGAAUGUAUUUAUUUGUAGAAAGUAAUGAUUUUGAAGUCACUAAUUAAAAUUUUCAAGCCUGAUAUGUGGAAUGUGGUUUCCUGAACUCACCCUUGUAUCUCUGUAAUUUUCAUCAGCCCAAUGACCCUCUGUGAAAGCUACACUGCUCCAAUUCUGGCCUCCUGAGUAUUCCUGAGUUUAAUGACUCCACCAUUGACAAUCAUGCCUUCACCUGCCAAGGUCCUAAGUUUCAAAAUGUCUUCUUCAGACCUCUCUGCCUCACUAUUUAGGAAGGGAAAAAAGCAAGGAAAAUGACGUAGUGAAGAGUAAGUAGAAGUUGUAAAUGUUAUUUUCAGGAAAUAAGCAUUAACACUUCUAAAAUUAGGCCUUUAAGGGCAGAAGUUGUUCAAAAGGAAUUUUAUCUCAAUAUGUCAUUAAAAACUCAGUCAUGCCUCUUUCAGGAGGACAACAUUUGCGGCAGUUUUUAUUGUGAGAAUAGUGCAUAACUGGUUGAAAUGUGCAUUAAGUCAGUAUUUCCACAUGGAUUACCGUGUUGGUUAUGUCCUGUAGAGGAGCAGAGUUUUAUUGACGGCAUUUACAAUUUCUGUAUUUAACAGCCCAAUGCAGACUUCAGAAGUAUUUGAUUAGUUCAGCACAACAUUGUGGGCUGAAGGCCCUGUUCCUGUGCUGUACUGUUCUAUGUUCUAUGUUCUGUGUUCUAUGUUCUAUGUAAGUAGCUGUAAGUUUCAGAGGACAUUGACAAUGUGAUUAAAGUUUUGCCAUGAUUCCACCACAA